UCUCUCCUCAUCACAACCACAGAGAAAGUGUCAGGAAACCAAAACCCUCCCCCAAACCUCAAUUAACACAGCGACUUUAUUAUUCUGUUUUAUAAAGGAAGACCAGAGAAGCACUCCAUAUCACCAGAAAAGCAGAGGCUUUCAAAGACAGCCUAGAGAGAGAGAGAGAGAGAGGGGAGGAGGGAGGGGGAGAUGGACACAAUCAUCUGCGACGAGCUCCUGGAAGAAGUCUUCCACCGCCUCCCCCCGCCGUCCUCCUCCUCCCCCACUACCACCGAUGUCUCCCUCGUCUCCAAGCGGUGGCUCCGCCUCCACCGCUCCUCCCAAUCCACCCUCUCCCUCCACCUCUCCCCCUCCACCUGUCCCCCCACCUCUCUCUCCUCUUUCCUCUCCCACUUCCCUUACCUCUCCUCCCUCUCUCUCACCACCACCCCCUCCCUCCCCGCCGAUGACGCCGUCUCACCUUUCUCCGACACCCUCCUCCUCUCCGCCGCCUCCUCCUGCCCCAAACUCAUACACCUCCGCCUCUCCCCCUCCCCAGUCUCUUUCUUCCCCCUCCUCUCUCUCUCCACCUCCUGCCCUCGCCUCGCCUCUCUCUCCAUCUCCCUCUCCAAACCCCUCUCCUUCCACUGGCUCCUCUUCUUCCCCCUCCUCAAAACCCUGACCGUCGUCGUUUCCCCCUCCCUCGCCGCCGAAUACGAACGCGCUGCUUCGAAAGCGAAGUGCUUCGACGCCGAGCUGAAACUCCAGACCCUAGUUCUGUCCGGGAUCCGGUGCGGCGACUGCGGUUUCGAUUGGCUGUGGAGAAGCUGUAAAAAGCUUAAGAAACUGCAGCUACACAGCUGCGAAGGAAUCGGCGACGAUACGUCGGUCUCGUCGUUUGUUAAUUGCUUGAAAUGUCUCCAAGAAGUGGAAUUGAGGAGUUGUAGACCCAUGGUUAACGAUGUUUUAUCGAAAUUGGCCGAGAACUGUGCGUCUUUGAGCUCUUUAGUGGUGUAUGAUGGUGGUAGUAGAGAGGGAUUACUUCAUUUCAUUACUCAUAGUCGUUGUGAUUUGCGAAAACUCGAUUUACGUUUACCUCUUGACCUUGAAAACAAUCACUUAUUGGCUGUGGCUGAGAAUUUCGUGAGUUUGUCGAGUCUUAGGUUACAGAGUUGUUGUCUGGUUACUGGUGAAGGGCUUAAGACGAUCGGGUUAGCUAUGAGUAAUGAGCUUGAAGAAUUGGCUUUGAUAAACUGUGAUGUGGUUGAAAGAGAACCAGGGUUGUUGACCACUUUGGGACAGAGUUUGAGAAAUUUGAGGAAGUUAGAUUUGUCUUAUAAUGAAAUGUUGGUGGAUAAAGAGUUUAUAUCGAUGCUUGUGUCGUGUAAUUGUUUGAGGGAAUUGAAGGUGAGGGGGUGUAGAGGGUUGACAAAUGCGUCCGUGGUUUCAAUGUUUAAGAGCUGCAAGCAGUUGGAGAGUGUAGAUAUAAGGGAUUGUCGUGGGAUCGAGGCGGAGGCUGUUGAGUUAUUUGUUUUGAAUUGUGUGGGGUUGAGGCAGAUACAUGUUGAUGAAAGCAAGCUUUCAGAUGUUACCAGGUCGUGGGCUUCAAAGAAGUUCGUUGAGGUGGUUGUUUGAUUGAUGAUUCAGAAGGAGGAGAACAGAAGAAGGGCCAUUCUAUGUUUUUUUAGACUUUUGAAUCGAUGCAGUUGAGGCAGAUACAUGUUGAAGAAAGCAAGCUUUCAGAUGUUUCCAGGUUGUGGGCUUCAAAGAAGUUCGUUGAGGUUAUUGUUGAUUGAUGAUUCGGAAGGGGGAGAACAGAAGACAUUCUAUGUUUUCUUUAGAGUUGCGAAUCUAUGCACAUUAAUAUCUUCAUACA